CUGCCUCUCUGCCAAGGCAAUGCUGUGGAUCAAUUCUUCUGUGAAAUCCCCCAGAUCCUCAAGCUCUCCUGCUCAAACUUUUACCUCAUUGAAGUUGGGCUUAUUGUACUUAGUGUUGUAAUCUUAUUUGGGUGCUUCACCUUCAUUGUGUUUUCCUAUGUGAAUGUCUUCAGGGCCGUGCUGAGGAUGGCCUCUGAGCAGGGACGACACAAAGCCUUCUCCACAUGCCUCCCACACCUGGCCGUGGUCUCCCUGUUUCUUAGCACUGGCAUGUUUGCCUACCUGAAGCUGCCCUCCAUUUCCUCCCCAUCCCUGGAUCUGGUGGUGUCAUUUCUGUACUCGGUGGUGUCUCCAGCAGUGAACCCCCUGAUCUACAGCAUGAGGAACCAGGACAUCAAAGAUGCUCUCUGGAAACUGAUGACCAGAUGUGUUUCAGAAGCAAUGAACUGCCCAUCUUUAUCUACAUAG